AUGGAGGAUAUAUCAGGACUGCCUUCUAAUGUUCAUGAUUGGACUAAAAGCCAUGUAAGAUACUGGGUAACAAAAGAGCUUAACAUCGACAAAAAUGAAGGGGAUAUAUUAUAUAACCAAAAUAUAACAGGAGAAGUUCUCAAUCUAUUGUCUAUCAAAGAUUUUACCGAAUUAGGAAUAACUUAUGGAUCGGCUAAAUUAAUAAUUCAUCACCUCAAGAGACUUAAAUCACAUAGCAAAGAUGUUCACCACGAUAGUAAAAAUGUCAAUACAGAUUGCACAAAUAAUAUGUCAAAAAAGAAACAAAGACACCCAAGUAAAGAAGGAAGUACAACUUUCCAUGCUAAAAAUGAAGAAACUGAUGAAUCAAAUGUUCAGGAAGAAGAAAUUUCACAUGUGACCUGCUCACCAUAUCCCUUUGAUCGUACACAAGAAGCCAAACGCUACAUACAAUACCAAUUUCUGCAACCUGAAUCAGGACCCUCUAAUUAUAUUGAUCCAGUUCACGAGUACAAGUUGUUUACAAAUACAGAAAAUGCAUCUGAAAAGGAUAAAAAAAUGAAAUUUUGCAAUGAGGUGUUUCGGUUUGCAGCUGGAUGCAUGAACACUCGUACUAACGGUACAAUCCAUUUUGGAGUAAGUGACAAUCCACAUGGGAAAAUCAUUGGUAUCCAAAUAGAAAACAGAGAUAAAUAUGUCAAUUAUAUAAGUCAAAUGAUUAGCAAAUACUUUGAUAGUGAUCAAGUACAUAUAGCCAAACAAUGUAUACGCACCCCAAGAUUUGUGGAUAUACUGUGUGAACAAAGCACACAGUCUGACAGAGUUGUAAUAGAAGUGGAUGUUGUUCCUGAAUAUCGUAUUUGUAAGUCAGAAUUACUGUCAACACACCAGCAAGUUUUAAUUGAAAAUACAUGGAAAAAAAGUAAAGAAAAAUCAUGUUUUAUUCGAGAAGGAGCAAGCUCCAAAAACAUUUUAGCAAAUAUAGGACAAAAUGAGGAGGAGUUUAAAGAAUUUGUUUUAAGUCUGCAAUCAAAGGAUGAAGCCAGAAAGCAAGCAGAGGAUAAACACUCUUCAUAUAAAAAGGGAACCCACAAUGAUGGUUCCAAACUUGUUAGUUUACUAACUGGAAACAAAGAUACAUUGGAUAAUACCUAUUACAAAUGCUACAUUUUAGUAGCAAAUAAAUGUCACCCAAGUUAUACAAUGCACCUUGAUUUUAUGCAUCAAAUACCAUGGUUUGCUGUUUUGGAUUUUGACCCAGAAUCUCUUAUGAAUGGUUUGUGCCAUUACUACAGAGGUGAAAGAGGAGUAAAUCUACACUUUCCAUGUCAUUACCAAAAUGUGGAUAAUAUAACAUCUGAAAAUUGCAUGGCCCUUAAACUUUAUCAUCAAACUAGCUGGAUUUUCUGUAAUGGAAGAUCAGAUCUCGAGAUGCAAGAUUGCGAACCAUUAACUCCUAGGAUGUGGCAAAAGAAAAGGGCUGCACAAGUAAGGAGGGCAAUUUCUUUUUUUUCACAGAAAGAUAUAACACAGGGGGGGAAGUGUCUUGUUGUAUUUCUACUACUCUCUACUGUGGAGGACCCAGUAGAUCCAAUGAAUGAAGCAUUCAGCACAUUUUAUCAGGAACUUGGUGGAAUGAAUGAUAUUUUGUGCAUCUGUGACACUGAAGAAACCUUUCAGAAGUGGAGAGAUUGGCAAGCGAGACUUGUAAAUGCUGAUGAAAUGGAAAAAAGAUGUGUUUAUAAUUUAUCCAUUGAAAAACUUAAUGGCACAAUCCAAAAUCUGAAAUCUGUUGUACAAUCAUCCAAACGAAUUUUGCCAUCAUCGGGCUAUUCUUGUACUAUUCUUCAAAGGAAAAAUGAAGAUGCAAUGUCUUCUCUGGACAUUCUUUGCUUAAAUGAAUGUGAAGAUACAGAGAUAGAGAAUGAUAAGCAAAAGUUUGAUACUUUUAGGAAAACCCAGGCAGAGCAUUUUUAUCGAGGAGGAAAGGCAUCAUGGUGGAUUUUUUAUUUCUCAAUGAAAAAUUAUUCAGGUCCCUUUAUUAAAAGAGACAAUCAUGAUAAAUUAAAACAUUUGAUAGAAAGCUGGUCUCUGUCUGAAAAGCAAAAUAGUGUGAAAAUAAUUACUUUGUAUCACCACCCUGGAUGUGGUGGUUCCACUUCUGCAAUGCAUGUUCUCUGGGAAUUGAGAAGUAAAUUUCGAUGUGCAACUUUAAAGAGAAAGACAGAUAAUUUUAAAGAUGUUGCAAGGGAAGUUGCAAAUCUAGCCACUUAUGGAUCCCAAAACAAUACAUAUUUUCCUGUAUUGCUUCUUGUGGAUGAUUAUGAAGAGGAAGACAAUCUAUAUAUUCUGCAAAACUCCAUUAGAACUGCCAUUGCUGAAAAAUACAUAAGAUACGAAAAACCAGUGGUGAUCAUUCUAAAUUGUAUGAGAUCUCAGAAUCCAGAGCAAAGUUCAAAAAACUAUGCCACUGAAAGCGUUGCUUUACAACACAAGCUUUCCCCCUGUGAACAGAGAGCCUUUGAAACUAAAUUGUAUGAGAUUGAGCAGCAAUACACAAAACCAGAGGAUUUUUAUUCUUUUAUGAUAAUGAAAAGCAAUUUUAAUAAAACAUACAUAGAGAAUGUUGUGAGAAAUAUACUCAAAGGCUUAAAGAGUGAGAGUAAAGAAACUCAACUCAUCUCCUUUCUGGCACUGUUGAACAAGUACGUAAAAGAUUCAACACUUUCUGCCUCAAUGUGUGAGGAGUUUCUAGGAAUCACUCCAAAAAAAACAUUUUGGGAUCUUGAGAGCAUAGAAGAAAAAAUGGGAACAUAUUUUACUAUAAUGUUGCGUACAGAGGUAGAAGACUAUGGCAGGUAUGAAGGACUGCGCAUAAUCCAUCCGAUGAUUGCUAGUCAAUGUAUAGAAGAAUUAAAAACAACUUACAAUACACCACAAAGUAAUGUGAUAAUAGCCCUUCUUAACACUUGUGAGUUUUAUGAUCGUGCAAUAGGCAGGGAAAGGUUUGUACAAAAUAUGCAGAGUAUGCUAAUCACCCGACAUAGAAAAGAACACGGUGAUGAAACAGAUACUUUGUUCUCACCUUUAAUUGAAGAAAUACAAAAAGAUGAAGGUAAUCAAAGUGUGGAGAGCGUUCUGCAAGAGGGAGCUACGAGAUUUGGCCAAAACCCAUACAUUUGUCAAGCAUUAGCAAGACAUUUUUACAUCAGAGAGAAAAACUUCACAUGUGCCUUUAAAUGGGCUAAGAAUGCCAAAAAAAUAGCGCCUCGAAAUUCCUUUGUUUUAGAUACUUUAGGUCAAAUAUAUAAAACACAAAUGAAGAACAUGAUGGAAAAACAUAAUAAACACAGCCGUGUAACACCUGAAGAACUGAGAAUCCUUCUUGAAACAGCUGUUUCUGCCUCAGACACAUUUAAAGAAUGUCAAGAGCAAACCGAAAAGACUGAAAGUGAAAGAGAAGAAUUUGAGUUGGAGAAAUCUAAACGACAUAGAGUAUAUAAUACAGCAGGAUACAUUGGCCAAGUAGAAGUCUGUCUGUGUACUGUAGACAUACUAUUGCAGUUACCAUGGUUUCAAUCAAAUGAUUUGAUUUCUAAAAAACACCUGCAACAGUACUUGUCAGGAAAAUGGGAUAUUUCAGUUGACAAUGCUUCGUCAAUGCACAAGGAUUUCUGCAAUGUAGUUAAUGAUUUCAGAUAUUUUUUAAUCAAUCUUAAAUCACAUUUAAAGAAGGCAUUUGACUUUUUUGAUGACUAUUUUGUGCAUUUAAAACAAAGGAACAUUCUCAAGGAAAGUACUGAAUUCAAUAUUCGAGAUAAAGUUUCAACAUACUUCAAAAAUUACAGAAAGAUAUUCUGUGAUUUUGAUCUAAUACAAAUAACAGAUGAGAGUAUAAGACAAAAGGGAAGUAAUGCACGCCACUCUGAAGAUUACAGGGCAGGACUGGAAUUUUAUAAAGCUGGUCAUUUUUCAGGCAUAAUGCAAUAUCUUACAGGUCAUGAAAAUGUUAUACUGGAAUCCAUUGUAAUAGCUUAUGACUUUUUGCUUCAGCACAGCACAGAAAAAUUCAUUUUAAGGGAUAAACAAAAUUUUAUUUUGGCAAAUAUAAUACUGCAUUGUAUUCAACCCAAAUCUUCCAAGAUAUUCCCGCUUUCAACUUUGAAACAAUACCUAAGAGAGAUUUUGCAGGUGGUUGGUUUAGAACACCAAUAUUCUGAACCAUACUUCCUAGGCACAAUACUUUUCUGGCCACAAAACAUUCGGCAGCUGGAUUCUGAUUCUUCACGCAUUGAUAAAUAUGUUUUAGCUAUGAGAAAAUCUUUUAGAGGGCAAUAUAGACACCUCUGUCAUUCCAAGCAGCCCAUUGCACAUUUCUAUCUUGGUAAAAAUAAAGGCUUAAAAAGAUUAAUUCACAAAGGGAAGAUCGACCAAUGUUUUUCUGAAGUGCCAAUGUCUGAUUUAAAUUCUCUGUGGCAAUGUGGAGAUAUAUGGAAAGAAAAGGCAGUGAAGGAUCUCCUACUACGCGUUAAUGGCCGAACAGAAAAUGAUUUAAUUUAUGUGGAUUGUGGCAACGACGAUAGAAUCGAGAUCCCAGUUAGGCCUGUUUACCUUGGACAGUUGAGAAGUGGCAGAAGUAUUGAGCGGGUGUCAUUUUAUCUUGGAUUUUCCCUUGAUGGACUUAUCGCAUAUGAUAUAGAAAAGAUCUAAAAAGAAUACAUUUCCCCUGUUUUAUCUGGUGUAAAGAAGUCCAGAGACCCUUGUUAAAGAAAUGAGUGGAGGUGUUACUCAUUGGUCUUUUUUAAUUGAAGGAUAUUUUAUUGCGACAUUUCAGGGUAACAAUCCCCUU